GCAGUGGAGGAGGUGGAAGAAGGAAGAAGAGAAGGAGGAGAAGAGGAAGGAGCAUAUGAAGGAGGUAGACUGUGGUGAAAGUUAUCGGUGGCAAAAAUUACAGUGGCAACGUCGAACAGAAGCAACGAGGUGAAUGACAGCGACGACAGCGUUGGUUCCACGUGCCCCACGAGAAGAAGUGAAAAAUAGCAGUGGCAGAAAUAGCGGCAGGAAAGCUGAACGGUAGCAGCGAGGCGAAUGACAGCAGCGGCAGCGUCGGUUCCACGCACCCCAUGUAAAGCACUUAGUAUGGCUCUUGCACAGAAGGGCAUUUUUGUAACUGUAAUCGACUUCUCCGAAGAGAAGGGAAAAGAAGUGGUCUUGUUGAUUGAAAGGGAGAACACAAAGUUCCAUCCAGAACUUAAGUUUCCAUCGGCAAUAUUUGUUAAAUGUGACGUUACCGAUACAAAUGGUCUAGCUGCUGCUUUUGAGAAACAUUUAGAGGUGUUCGGAGGACUGGAUAUCUGCAUCAACAGCGCUGGAAUUAGUCAUCAUAUCUUGUUUCAUGAAGAUAAAACCAAUGGGAUUGACACUUGGAAGCGUACCAUAAAUGUAAACCUGACUGCAGUUGUUGACUGCACCCGCAUUGCGAUUCAAAUUAUGAGGUAUAAAAAGAAGCCUGGUGUCAUAAUAAAUCUUGGCUCAGCUUCAGGUCUUUAUCCUUUAUAUGCUGACCCGAUCUAUUCUGGCACAAAAGGUGGUGUGGUUCUCUUCACUAGAGCACUUGCUCCUUUGAAACGUGAAGGGAUUCGUGUUAAUGUGAUUUGCCCCGAGUUUGUUCAAACUGAGAUGGGAUCAAAAAUAAACCCCAAAAUAGUUGAUGCAGUUGGUGGGUUCCUGUCUAUGGACACAGUGGUUAAUGGUGCAAUAGAGCUUAUUAAAGAUGAGAGCAAAGCUGGUGCUUGUCUGUGGAUAACAAGACGAAGAGGAAUGGAGUAUUGGCCUGCACCAUCAGAAGAAAGAAAGUACUUAAUAAGGCCAUACAAGUCUCGAAGAAGAAUCCAAUAUACAACAACUUCUGACAUCCUUAUACCAGAUACCUUUGAGAAAGUGAUUGUCCACUCUCUGGAUCACAAUUUUCGAUUUGCUACAAAGGUUGUUCAAACAGAGUUGAAGUUGCCUAUAAAACCACACCAUGCCCUUGUCAAAAUCAUAUAUGCUGGUGUGAAUGCCAGUGAUGUAAACUUUAGCUCUGGGCGAUACUUUAAAGGCAAAGAUAAUGAAAUUGCUGCACGGCUUCCAUUUGAUGCUGGUUUCGAGGCAGUUGGCAUAAUUGCUGCUGUUGGCGAGUCCGUCCAUCUGAAAAUUGGAGCCCCUGUGGCAUUUAUGGCUUUUGGAAGCUAUGCUGAAUUCUCAGUGGUACCUGCAAAGCAUCUUCUUCCUGUUCCAAGACCAGAUGCAGAGGUUCUUGCGAUGCUAACAUCAGGUUUGACUGCUUCAAUUGCUCUAGAAAAGGCUGGACAAAUGGAAUCUGGACAAGUAGUACUAGUGACAGCAGCAGCUGGAGGUACAGGACAGUUUGCAGUUCAGCUGGCAAAAUUGGCUGGCAAUAAAGUGGUUGCAACAUGUGGAGGUGAAAAGAAAGCUUCACUAUUAAGGUCCUUGGGAGCUGAUCGUGUUAUUGAUUAUAAGAAGGAAAACAUAAAAGAUGUGCUAAAGAAAGAAUUCCCUAAAGGUAUUGAUAUUGUAUACGAAUCUGUUGGAGGAGAAAUGUUCAAUUUAUGUCUAAAUGCUUUAGCAGUUCAUGGAAGACUUAUUGUCAUUGGAAUGAUUUCUCAGUACCAAGGAAAGCAUGGCUGGGAACCUUUGAAAUACACUGGUUUGUGUGAGAAAAUUCUUUCAAAAAGUCAAACAGUGGCUGGCUUUUUCCUGAUUCAACAUGCUAGCUUGUGGCAAGAACACCUGGACAGGCUUUUUGAUCUGUACUCUGCAGGGAAGCUUAAGGUUGCCGUUGAUCCUAAAGGAUUCAUGGGUGUUGGUUCUGUAGCAGAUGCAGUUGAAUAUCUACAUUCUGGUGAAAGUCUUGGCAAGGUGGUUGUGUGCAUUGAUCCUACAUUUUGCAAGAAAACGGCAAAAUUGUAACUUGGAAAAGCAAAAUAAAUCACACACUAAAAAAACAAGCCAUGAUAUUUGAGGACUUCAAGUUGUGUCCAUUGGAUGAGUUGGAAAUAAAAUUUGUCAGAUACGAUGUGGACAUGUAUCAGAUGCUUGCUCUAAUUCUUUAGUAUCUGAAAUAAUUAUUUAAAUAUUUAAUGUAUUGUAGGGUAUGUUGGAAAUAAUCCUCUUUUUUCUUGAAUGUUCUGUAGGAGGUUGUUUAGGUUGUUGAUCUUUCGAUCAUCAAUGAGAUGUUUAUAUUUUCGGAUGGAUUGUUUAUAAAGAAAAGUUAUUUAAAAUGAUAAAUUAUCUUUAUAAUAAGUUGUCAAUUUUCUA